GCCUCUCAGCGCUCUGACACCGGCUGCCACAUGAGCAGCGCUCCGCUCCAUCUCUGCACCGCUCCGAGCUGCGCGUCUCCCGGGCUCCAGGAUUAGACACGGAUUAUACGAUACAGGUGCCUUCGGUGGCCUCCCACAGUGAACUUGGCACUUACCACUCUGCAGCCCCCUCUGAAGCCCACUCGUAGGUCUGAAGCUACCUUUGAAGACCUCAAGAGUGAAGUUGGUCAGCAGCAGGCUGAGAGAGAUGAAGACAUGUGCUAUAUUUCUGGCAGCUCUGCUGCUCCCAAACAUCCAAGCAGGUUGUCCAGAUAAAGAGCCAGGACUGCAGCCAUGGAUGCCAGGACACAGUAAAGACCACCGGGUGACAAUUGGCUACGGCAGGAAGGUCCUCCUCACUACUUCAGCUACGGUCCACUCCAUUGAGAUUCUCAACGGUGGAAAGUUGGUGAUUGCUGACACCAACCGGCCCAUAUUGCUUCGAACAAAACACAUUCUGAUUGGGAGCAAGGGGGAGCUACACGUUGGCAGCCCAGACUGUCCCUAUAGAGGCAACCUCACCAUCUCCCUAUUUGGAAGAUUGGAUGACAGUGAUCAGGAACACAGCUACUUUGGGAGGAAGUACAUUGGUGUGGGCACAGGGGGGACACUAGAGAUCCAUGGAAAAAAGAAACUGUCAUGGACGUUCCUCAACAAAACCCUCCACCCCGGAGAGAGCAACCAAAACAACUACCUGUUUCAGAGAAGCUGGGGCAAUCGAGGCAUCAUUAUCCACGUCAUCGAUCCCAAGACCGGAGACGUGCUUCACGACGACAGGUUCGACACAUACCGCAGUAAGGAUGAGAGUCGUCGCCUUGCGAAGUAUGUGGACGGCGUGGAAGUGGGGCUCAUACUGGCCGUGGUGGUAAAUGACGAGGGCUCCAACAACUUGGAGGAUUCUGCCAAGAAGAGCCUGUCCAAGCUGGGCAGUCAGCAUAUCAGCAGUCUGGGAUUUCGACAUCCCUGGACUUUUAUAGUGACUAAAGGUGACACUUCUUCAGUAGUGGAGGAUCAUGCUGUCUAUCAAGGGACCAAGGCCUCCUCAGAGGCUCGGAGCUCACGUGUCUUUCGAUCCAGUUAUGGGGAACAUUUCACCAUCACCACCUGCAGCCAGUGGGUGCAAGAGGCAGAGUGGACAGAAUGGUUUGACAGGGAUGAUGAGAGGGGAUCUGGAGACUGGGAGAAACUGUCUGACCUGCACGAGGCCUAUCCAGACCGACUGUGUGUCAGUCCACUGGAUAUACAGGCUGAAACCCAUGAUGGUAUACCAGCCAACAGGACAGGAGAUGUGAUCCACAAGAAUGACAAGGACUAUGGCUUCGUCUGCCUUAACAAGAACCAGGCACAUGGCCUCUGUCGCAACUACAGGGUCCGCUUCCUAUGUGGGAAACUGGUUCGUCCACAGGCAUCCAUCUCCAUCGACAUGUUGUCUAACAGCAGCAUCCUGGAGCUCGCUGACCAACCAGAGGGCUGGGGCUUAGGGGAUCGAGUGGUGGUGGCCAGCACUGACUACUCCAUGCACCAGUCUGAAGAGUUCACCCUGUUGCCAUGCCCGACUUGCACAUCCAACCAGGUCAAGGUCCAAGGUAAGGCUCAGUUUAUCCACAUGGGUGAGGAGGUGGACGGUGUGGAUGUGAGGGCAGAAGUUGGCCUGCUGAGUCGUAACAUCCUGGUCCGUGGGGAGAUGGAGCCUGGCUGCUACGGCAAUGAGGCUUGCAAAUUCUUCGACUUCGACACUUUUGGUGGUCAUUUGAAGGUAAAGGAUGUGGUGGGCUAUGACACACUAGGCCACUGUUUCUUCACGGAGGAUGGUCCAGAGGAGAGAAACACGUUCGACCACUGUCUGGGUCUGAUGGUUCGAGCAGGGACGCUGCUGCCUUCAGACAGAGAUAGCAAAAUGUGCCGUGACAUCACUGACGGAGCGUACCCAGGAUAUGUGGCCAACCCACGCCAAGACUGCAGCGCGACUUCAACUUUCUGGAUCGCCAACCCCAAUAACAACCUCAUCAACUGUGCUGCUGCAGGCUCAGAGGAGACAGGCUUCUGGUUCAUCUUCCACCAUGUGCCCACUGGCCCCUCAGAGGGCCUGUACUCCCCUGGACACACAGAACACACUCCUAUGGGCCAGUUCAUCAACAACAGAGCACAUUCCAACCACAGGGCUGGAAUGAUCCUCGAUAAUGGAGUAAAGACCACCCAGGCUAAUGACAAGGACAAGCGACCCUUCCUCUCUCUGAUUGGAGCCAGGUACAGCCCCCACCAGGGUGCUGACCCCUUCAAACCCAGAGUCCCUGCUCUCAUCCACCACUUUGUGGCCUAUAAGAACCAGGACCACGGAGCCUGGCUGAGGGGAGGGGAUGUGUGGCUGGAUGACUGCCAAUUUGCUGAUAAUGGUAUAGGCCUCACUCUGGCAAGUGGAGGGACUUUUCCAGAUGAUGACGGCUCUCGUCAGCAGGUGAAGAACUCACUGUUUGUGGGUGAAAGUGACAACCGUGGGAUGCACCUCCCUGACAACCAAGUCUGGGGCCCUGGGGGCUCUGAUCCAACUGGCAGGACCUUGCCACGGGGCGUUGAUUUUCCUAUCCGGGGAAUGCAAAUCUAUGACGGGCCCAUCAACGUGCAGAACUGUACAUUUCGGAAAUACACAGCUCUGUCUGGACGGCACACCAGUGCCUUUGGCUUCAGGCUCAACAAUUCGUGGCAGAGCUGCCCCAACAAUAAUGUCACUGACAUCACCUUUGACCACGUACCUAUCACGUCUCGGGUGUUUUUUGGGGAACCUGGUCCCUGGUUUAAUAAGAUGCAGAUGGACGGGGACAAGACAACAGUGUUCCAUGAUAUUGAUGGCUCGGUCAGCGAGUAUCCCGGAGCCUUCCUGGUUAAAGAGGACAAUUGGCUGCUCCGUCACCCUGACUGCAUCGACGUGCCUGACUGGAAGGCUGCGAUCUGCAGCGGCCAUUAUGCACAGAUCUAUGUGCAGACACGUAACCCUGCCAACCUGAACAUGCACAUGGUGAGGGAUGAGUAUCCUGAUCGGCCCCUGAUGCUGGAGGGCGCCCUGGGGAAGAGAAAACACUACCAGCAGUUCCAGCCUGUGAUUACACUGGCCAAAGGCUACACUAUACACUGGGACCAGGCGGCACCUGCUGAGGUCACCAUCUGGCUCAUCAACUUCAACAAAAAUGACUGGAUCAAUGUUGGCCUCUGCUACCCACAAAGCACCAACUUCACCAUCAUCUCCGAUAUCCACAACCGUCUGACCAAACAGACCCGCAAGACUGGCGUGUUUCUGAGGACGACGCAGAGAGAGAAGAUCAACCACUCCCACCUGACCAGAGGAUAUUACUACUGGGAGGAAGACACAGGCCUGCUGUUCCUGAAGGUGAAGGCCCAUAACGACAGGGACCAGUUUGCCUUCUGCUCGGUCAAGGGUUGUGAGAGGGUGAAGAUCACAGCCAUCAUCCCUAAAGGCAGUCCACCCAGCGACUGCAUGGCCCAGGCCUACCCCAGACACGCUGAGCUGCCCGUUGUGGAUGUACCCAUGCCCAGAAAGAUACCUAACGCCAGGCUGCACUCACCAGAGCACUUCUUAGAGGUCAAACUGGAGUCCUACAACACUCGCUUCUUCCACAUCAAGGAGGACUUUGCCUUUACUGAGGUGAAUGGUAAGAAAUUGUACCAAGCAGAGGAUGGGGUGCAGCUGACAGUAAUUGACGGGCAUGAUGGGAAGGUAGUGGAGAGCAAAGGCUUCAGGAACUCCAUCCUGCAGGGCAUCCCGGCACAGAUAGACAACUACAUCAGUGGCCUGAGAGAUGGCUCCAUUGUUCUCAUGACGUCCAAGGGCCGUCUGAUUAUCAGAGGAUCCUGGACUAAAGUCCUGGAGCGACUUGGAGCAGACAAAAGCAUCAAAUUGAAAGAUAAGUUGGCAUUUGUGGGGUUCAAGGGCUCCUUCCACCCUGACUGGGUCCAUCUGGAGGUGGAUGCUGACCGAGCCAAGAUCCAUCAGGUCCUGCCUGUCCCUGUGGUGCACAAGAUGAAACUAUGAGGGGCAUGACAAGAGAGACUAUGUAGCCCCCAGAUACUGAUACACACACAUCCCCCAAAACAUACAGACGCACCAACACAUUCACACACACAUGCACACUGCCAGCACUGAGGAAUCAGCUGCUCCAAGCUUUUGGUCCUGGAUCAAGUGGUGUUUUUUUCUUUAUGUUUGGAGGUCAGAAAAAUGAUAUGACCAGGUGUGUUGAAAAAGGGAAGACAAUAGAGCCAGCACUGCUCAUGAUGAACUGAAUCUGCAUAAGACACCCACCAUCAGUAGAGUGCUUCAAAGUGACAACACACCCCGCGGUAGCCAUAUUGGACGUCUUCAGCUCUGUAGCAAUAAUGGCUCAGAACAACCAAUGGUGUUUAAGGAAACAUGGUUGUUGCUUUGCAGACAUUAUAUGAUAUGAGGGGCUUGGUUCUGUUUCUGAAAUUACACUGUCAUUGUGUCACUAACAUUGUAAUGUUAACAGAAUGUUAGCUUGCCAACUAGAGUAACCAUAGGAUUUGUGAGGCUAACUAUAACUGUUUGGUCUUGGCACUUAUAUUGGCCUGUUUUAAAAAUGAUUCAAUUGACUUGUUCUCUCUGAAAAAGCCAAAACCCUUCAUUGAUUCUAUUUAAGCAUCAUCUAGUAGAGCUUUAGCAUAGAAACCAGGGUCCUCUAACAUCGGUUAACCCUAGCACUCUGAAGUCCACAGUAAGUCGAUACCUUUUGGUGUCACUGCUAUCGUGCGUUCACACCAAAUGCAAUUAUUCACACACUUUGCGUUGUGGGAACAUUCGCAUAUAAUGAAACUAGUUGUGUGAGGUAUUAAAGACAUUGACAGACCAAAUUUCUCACCUCCACAAAUCUGUUCAUUCAAUCACUGAGGCAACCGAGCAAGAGGAGGUUUCACACACAGUUUGACAAACACUUUGAAGGACACUGAUGCUUGCAGAGUGUGCCUCACGUCUCCACCGCCCCAGUGCCAGCCAACAUUAAGAGCAGUUCCUCUCCCACCAGUGGGUGUUUUCCAUUCCAUGUUUGAUGAAAUACAGGAGUCAAGGUCUUAGCUGUUAGAUAUGACUUGGAUGACUUUGAAUGCUCAGCAACAUCCUCUAACUGGUUAGCCUGAAACAUUCCUAGGCCAGGUGGGAUAUCUGCACCUUUCACUGUUUCCCCACCUGAAAUACCUCCGGAUCAGAUGCCUGGUACCAGGUCAACCAGAUAGUAACAAACAGAGCACCUGGUAAAAAAAAAGCAGGGCUCCCAUUUGAACCCGCAGGAGGAGUUUGCAGGGUUGCACCUGGGCCUGCAUGUUAUGUGUACUAACCACCUAGAAGGGAGGCCCAAGUAUUGAUUCAUUGCGAAGCGGCUGCAUAUCUUGGUUUUUUCUUUUCGUGCAUUAUGCUUGGCCACCCCACUCCAGCCAAGUGUAAUGCACAAGCUCCCUCCACUUCAUGAGGAUAUAAAAAGGCCCUCCUGAGUGGUUCCCCAGUGAGAUGUAAAAACUGUUUGGGGUAUGCUUUCCAACCAGUAGCACUCUGUUACAAAUGAAAGCAGAGGCUCUCACAAUUAUAUGCAAAUAUUUUGUAUUAACAGUAAACAUAUCAGCUGGGAGUGGCUCCAGCUCCCCCUCGACCCUCAAAGGAUAUAGGAUAUAGAUAAUGGAUAGGAUGGAGAAAACAUCAUACCGCCCACAAAGUUACAGUCAACUGAUCUGCAAAAUAUUCGGUUCCAGUGGUUUUAGUUGGAAAGCUCUCCUAUAUACAUGUUUGGAAACCAAAGAUUAUGUAUAAAGUUAUUUUGUUAACUAAAGGGGAAGAUCAUGGUCAUGGAUGGAAGGAAUAAAAUCAGGCACAGAGGCACAAGGGGUCACAGAGCUCAAGAGCCAGAGCCUCUGAAUCAAGUGGAGUUAUGUAUUAUACAAACAACAAUUACAAACGUUACAAACAUUUCUUAUUGGAAAGUCAAGCAAACAACCACACAAUGCAAGGGACUUCAGUAGUACUACAACCAUACCAACUUAUGUGCUGUGUCUAUGAGUAGUGUGGUUGGCCUGCAAAAUGAUGUGAAAUGCAAAGCUAAAACAAAGGGGACUGCAAACAGAUUGUUUGUAUGUUUUUCAGUCUGAGUGGAGGAGUGGGAGGCUCUUUGCAUGGCUUAGAUACCCAAGGGUCUUACUGUCUUUCAGUGGUCAGGGCAAAGAUAUUCACCUUUAGCCCUCUGCUAAAGAGGUUUCUUUUCAACACAAGAAAAGCAGUUCAGUCCGGUCUGGUUAUUUGACAGCAGUCACACGCGUGUAAACAAACAAACUGGAUAGUUUAUUUCAUGACUUCCUGCAUUUGAACACAGGAAGUCAAUAUAUUGCUAUUACAAAGGCUUGUGUGUUGUGCUUCAUAGGAGACUGGGUUGGUCAGUUUACUGUGUCACAGUUACCUGAAUUAAUCAAUGAUUCAUUUUACUUUGAUCAUUUUUCUCUCCUGGAUGUUGAUACUAGUUUGAUACUUAGUUGUAAAAUAGUGUGACUAACUACCGACCAAUUCUUCAGUGGACCUCCACAAUGUCAGCCAUAGUUGCUCGGCGGUUUAUGAUGCAAAUGCAAAGCUAAAUGAAUAUGAGGGAGCAAAUGGCAGUGGAGCCAUCUGAUCAAACACAUGUUUAAUGUGCAUUGCAGAGAAGCAUCCUCCCCUGCAGGUCUGUGACAUGUGACCCAUGUAGAAGUUGAGUAGUUUUACCCCUUUGGUUUUAUUUGUCGAAUCUGUUUAAUGAGAGAAAAGAGAAGAGAAAAUCCCAACAUUCCUUGUUUUGCAUCCAGACCAGUGGUUGUUGACUUGUUCUGUUUCAUUCCAAGCUCUCGCUCAUUUGAUAUCGUGACGUUUAUUUUUUCAGUGUUUGUGAUCCAUUUGUCUGUGUAAACCAGCAAGAGGCCCGUAACAAUAUGACAAUAAACAAAAAAGAUGAAAUGAUCUAAUGAAUGUUAAAUCAGGGAGUUUUAAAUGUGCAAUUUCCCCUUUCAAAGUGACAUGGAAAUCUUUGUUCCGAUCUGGCAUGAAAAAAGAUCCCCCUCCCAUUGCCGAAAUAGCUGGUCUUUUUUCGGAGGUUGUUGCAGUAAUUUAGUGUUUUGUAUGUUCCGUGUGUUUUUAAAAAUCCACAGAUACCUAAGAGAUAUAUUUUAUACUUAUUUAUUGUACAGACACAGUUGAUCCAAAUUUACAAGGGACAUCUUUUGAGUUGUAAUGUUAUUACUGUCCUCUAUGUACACUAUAUGUAAGAAACAUAGCUCCUUUUUAAAAGAUUGAUCCCAGACACUCAUAGCAUACAUGCAUAUGACUCAUAUGGUAUAGUGGCUUGUUUUAACUGUACAUCAAGUGGUUGUGUUGUAUAUGUGGCUUAGGCUUGUAAAGUGAUGAAACUCUUUGAAUUUCUUUGGGACUUUUGUACAGAAAUAA